AUGAAGUUAUUGAAGUUCCCAGAGCCGCUACAUAAUGGUCUGUUAUCAGCUAGUUAUGUAUUAGAAAACAAGUUGGUUUUAGUGGGGAACAAUCGCAUCUCGGUAUGGGAUUGCAGUGAUCUCCAGCAGGCAGCCCAGGGGAAGAAACCCGUGAGAAAUAUGGGAAGCGAGUUUGAGAUGGAGUUACCGGUUGAAGAAGAUUUGCCUAGGUAUCUGGUUGUAAUUGGUAAGCAAUUGGUUAUUGCAGGGGAUAGGACUAUCUGGCGUUCGGCUGUGGAUGUUGAUUGGAGAAUAGCACGCGAAGCGACUACUUUUGAAAAGUUUGUAGAAUUUGAGAAGGAUGAGUGUGUAACCGAUAUGAAAUACGAUGAUGUUCAUGGGACUGUGUUUGUGGGUGUGAGCAGUCAGAAUAAGGUAUGGCUCUAUGAUGUGGCUACCUGGGGAAAGGUGGGUACGAUCACUUUAAACGCGAAGCCGAUUACGUUGAUUGUAGACCCUCUUGGGGAGCUGCUUACGGUGAUCUUACAGAAUAGGUCUGUUACAAUUUACCAGUACGAUGAACUAGGAUCAACUAAGGUUCAUCAUCAAUUGAAUCAGUACGUGCAAAUGAAUCCUUUGAGCUACAAUAUAUCUAUGUCUCCACAGGGGACAUUAUUACCGAUGGUCAAUUCUAUUAAGAAUAGUACUCCUUCUGUACAGCUUUUAGAAAGGAACUCCAACUUUGCUGUUCAGUCAACGCUAGUGGGGUACAUUGACAAAUGUAAGAUUUUAAAGUUUUCCCCAUGUUUGUAUGAGAAGCAGAAUAAAGAUAAGCCCUCCACCCAGUAUAACCUGCUGGCCUCAUCAGGAAACGAUGAUGGCAAUAUUGUCGUUUGGAAUUCAAAACGUGCGAAGCCUCUGUUCAAUGCUGCAAAGGUAACCAACACUUUUAUAACCGAUUUGCAAUGGUCAGAAGACGGUACGAGUCUUUUUGCAAUCAGUAAUGAUGGAUACUUAUUUGUAUUCGCAUUCCAAGAAAUUGAACUUGGUAAAGUACUUCCGAAGGACGAAGUUUUGAAGCAAAGAAGUGAUAUACAAUUGUUGGAACAAUUACCGUUGCCUCUGCCAAAAGUUGAGGCUCAAGGUGAGAAACCAGAUGUUAAACCGGUUAAGGAUAUUAAAAGUGAUCCAAAGGCCAAUAAUGGGAUUUCUCUAAUUAAAUCUGGAAAGAAGAAGGUUGCUCCUAUUGUGAUUAAAAGCAAUUCGAUGGAAUUUAAUGAACCCUCAUACCUAGUUCCAAAAGAUUUGAAACGUAGACCGAGGGAAGAACCGCAAUCUAAUGGACUUUCUUCGAAGAAGCAGAGGAGAGAUAUAGAACCGAUUGACUUUCUUGAUACAAACUUACUGAUACCUAAUAUUUCCUUUUCCAAAAUUCGGCUAGCGACUCCUAAAGUGCGCUUAAAUUUCCAAUAUAACAGUUUUGUAAACAAAAACUUGGUAAUGGAAAUUAAGAAUGGAACGGGUAAUGAACAGAAACCAACUACAAUCACUCUAACUCUCAAGGAAAGUGAUAAGGAUACGACUUUGUUUCAGGACUUUACCCCUAAAUUCAUUACUAUAUGCACAUGUGGUGAUUCAUUUUGGUCUUACUGCACCGAAGAAGGUGUAAUCUAUGUCUAUUCUUGUUCAGGCAAGAAAAUUCUACCGCCAAUGAUAAUGGGUGUACCUAUCAGUUUCUUAGAAGGUUGUGGAGACUAUUUGCUUUGUGUUACUAGUAUGGGCCAACUGUACUGCUGGGAUGUCAAACAAGGUAAAUUAAAAUUUCCAAUGAAUACCGUUUAUCCACUAUUGAACCCAACUUUAAGAUAUUCCGAUGAUGUUCUCACUCGUGCUGAAAAUAUAACCAUGUGUACUGUAACUUCUAAUGGUGUUCCCCUGAUAACUCUCAGUAAUGGAGAUGGAUACAUGUUUGACUGUGAUAUGGAAGCCUGGAUGUUAGUUAACGAUUCUUGGUGGGCGUAUGGCUCACAAUAUUGGGACUUUACAAAUACUACGCAAACAGGUACUAAUUCAUCGUUGGGCAACGGUGACAAAGAUGAUAAGAAAAAUAAAUAUUGGAAUUCGGAUGCUGAGCAUUUGAUCGACGAAGUAAGGCGAAACAAACUGAGUAUUGUGAAUUAUCUUGAAUCGAAAACCAACGAUGAAAUGUCCAGGAAGGGCCGUAUCCGUAAUCUUCAGAGGUUUGCGAAGACAAUUUUAAUGAAAGAAGGUUUUGAAAACCUAGAAGAUAUUGUCACCUUAUCCCAUUUAGAAAAUAGAAUAUUGGUUUCUCUAAAGUUAAAUGAAACAGAGGAAUUCACAAAAUUGCUCAUCGUGUAUUGUAUCAGGCUAGCAGAAAUGGGUUUCAAAAACAGAUUGGAUGAUGUACUGGGUUGGUUGUACAAUGAUGGCGAUUAUAAGGACAGCACUGUAGCUAAUCACAGUAGAGAAGAAUUAUUAAAACGGAUAUUAGUAGCCUGUGCAGACAUCAGACAGGUUCAAAGGGUGACUACCAGCUAUGCAUCUGCGCUUGGUAUUAUCGAUAUGUCUUUGUAA